CAUCCUUGCCUUUUGCCUUUAGCUGCAUCGACGGAAACCCCCCGAGCCGAGGCCCCAUAAGUUAUUUUACUGUCUCUUCCUUGUCCGCGCGCGCGCCUCGUCGAGAAGCUUCUUUGGAUCGAUCGCCCCCCAGCGGCAAAUUUCGGAGAUAAAAAGAAAGAUAUAUUCCCUUUUUUUCUUCCCUUUCUGAUUGUUUUUCCAAUUGGAACCAGCGAGUUUGGAUUCUACACCACCAACCAACCAACCAACCAAUCUAUCUUCCCAAACAACAACAACAAGAACAUCGCCACCGUCACAAUGGUUUCUCUCGAAGUCCCCGCCGGAUACGGCCUCGUCCUCGCCGCCGCAACCUCCACCGUCUUCGUAGCAACCUACCUCGGCAGCCGCGUAGUAUCCUACCGCAAAGCCGCAAAGAUCCCCUACCCGCACAUGUACGCGACGCACGAGCAAAUCACGUCCGCCCCACCCGCCCGCGCAAAGCUCCUCGACGACUUCAACCGCGCCCAGCGCGGCCACCAGAACUUCCUCGAGUCCCAGGGCUCCGUCGUCCUCUCCAUGCUCAUCACCGGCCUUGUGUAUCCCCGCGCUGCCGCUGGGCUGGGCGCCACCUGGAGUGUCGGUCGUGUGCUGUAUGCUUGGGGGUACAACAAUGGCAAGGAGGAGGGGAAGGGGAGGUACAAUGGCGCUCCGGGGCUGCUUGCUGGAUACGUGCUUUACUUCUGGAGUGCCAAGGCGGUUUGGGACCUGGUGCAGGCGGGGUUGUAGGGUUCAAGUUGGUCUUUUAA